AUGGGGCUAUUAAAGGGGAUAAGAUACGCGUCUUGGGCAGCCCGCGGGGACUCCGGGGACGCCGCCCCAGCGAAGCCCGGGACACCCACUCGCCGUGGGGGCGGGGAGCCGCCGGCGCGCGYCCGCGAAGCCCCGCCCGGCUGGGCCGAGGGGCGGGGCCGCGCUCGCGCCGCGCUCGUGCCCGCGGGCUGGUCGCGGGAGCKGCGCCAGGAUAGAGGAUCGCGGGGCCGCCAUUCUAACGCAGGCGCGGUGGCCAAGUGGGGUGCGAUCGUUUUUUCGCUGCUCCCUCUCUUGCAGAAGGUGGAGGGCCGCGUGGUCCAGCUUGGGCAGCGAACUUGGCAGACGGCCCCUACUGACGUCAACCUCUGGGAGAAGGGCGCUGGGGGGGCGGGGAGCAGGGGCGGGGGCCGGCGGGGCGGGGGCGCGGCUUUGUGGCGGCCGCGGACCGCGGAGGCCCGGUGCAGCCCCGUCGGCUCCGCGCUCCCUGCAGAAAAGGAUUCUCUGCGCCCCCUGCCCAUCACUUGGAUCUUGUCUGGGGAGGGGCGGCUUUUCCCUGGAAGUGCCCCCGACCCCGCCGCGGCGAGGGAAACGAGGCUGGGCUCCGAUCGCGGCGGAGGCUGCGGGGCCCGCGGGGCGCACCCCGCCCCGCGCACGCCUGCCCCGAGCCCUGGCAGGCGCAGCCCCGGGGGCUCCCCGCACCCGGGAGGAGGCGGCGGCGCAAGGAUGCCGUGUGGCCGGAAGCUAAAAAUUCCCAAAAAGCCGGACCUGCCAGAAAUCUCAGCCGGGGGACCGUGCGGCGUGUCAAGGCCAGAGGGUGGAAGAGACUCGGGUUCUGAUAAAAGGAGACCUGCUUKGCUUGGCAUCCGCUCUCCUGCCAAUCAGGAGGCUGCAACGCUGUUCCCAGAGCCGGUGAUGAAUCAGGGGGGAGAGAGGCACAAGGACACCGGUUCCAGGCCCGGAGAUUCUGUCCUGUGAUUUAUGGGGACAGGGACUGGCAUCGGAAGGUUUUAUAAUUCCGCAUGAGACUCCAGUGUGCAGCCAGGAAGGACACCGGCUGGAUGGGAGGAUCCGCACUCGGGAUGUUGGAAGGGGCUGCGUGGUCUCUUGGGGACCAGGARGUGGGCUUCUCCCAGGGCAGCCUCRGGGGAGAGCCGAGGCUCAMGCCCAUGGGAGACUUCAGGGCUUCCUCACGCGCUCCCAGCUUGAUGCGAGACACAGUGGGGGCUUUGCUUUUAGGCACCAGACUUGAUCACGUGUCCCUGUGGGAUCACAGAGACGGGGUGAAGACCUGUGGCUUGAACUGGAAGCUCUCAUGAGCCUUACGGACAGGAGCGCGUGUUUGCUGGCUCCCUCCCCAGAGAAGUGAGACCGAGCGGCUCCUUGUGUGUGCAGGGAGCACCCUGUCACCCGGGGUGACGGUCUCUAAACACCACUGUCCAUUAGAACUCGGGGCUCCGUGGAGAAGCGGCCAGUGGAGAAGCGGCCAACAUCUUGUCAUGGGGAAGCAAGGCAGGUGUUGGCGACUCCUGGGGUCAAAUCCACGAGGACACAGGAGACCACACGAAGAGGCUUGGCCGAAAGGGACAGCUUGGACAUCCACAAGAGUAGUCACCGCACAGUGGUGCUGGGGGCUGAUGUCAUGGAGAAAGCUAACCAGAGCUCGGGCCCUGAAUGAAUGGAAUCCAAAAGAGCGAGACUAGGAAAUAGUCAGAGAGAAGUCAGACAGGGGUCUAAGUGAGCUUCCAGCUCUACCAACUUAUAAGAAGCACGGGACAGAGAAGAUCCUUCAGGGGGCGCACCAAGCAAAAUCCAGACCCCCCAGAAGCUCCACAAAACCCUGUUGCUUCAACAAAAAAAAUUACAAGGGAAGACAUGGAGAGGGGGAAGAACCUAAAGAUUAAGAGAGACGAAGGACACACAUCAUCUAAUAGGGACAGUUUCCAUGAAGACGUAGUUUCUCAAUAUCCUCCAAAUCUGUGAGCUCCAUUUGGACCCCGAUUGGA